GAGGCAUCGUUCUCCGAAUCUCUUACAGACUAUUGUGAAGAGCUCAUGAACAUGUCCUUGAAGCGGCUAGACCAAUCCCUAUUAGCACUCAAAAGUUCUCCAAGAAAAUACAAGCAUGACAUCCAAACAUGGCUCAGUGCUGCCAUGACUUUCCAGGAAACUUGCAAAGACUACGCGCUGAUCAUCAAGCAGAAUAUUUCUCAGAUCGGCAAACGUAUAGCCGAUGCCUCUGAGUCGGUAAGUAACCUACUAGCUCUUGUCAACCGUAUAUCAAAUCACCAUAUUAAUGCAGAAACUGAGAAACAAGGAGUGUUUCCCAAAUGGAUAUCACCCAGGGACCGGAAACUACUUCAGGCAACCACCAUAAAAGCCAAUGCCGUUGUCGCUAAAGAUGGAUCCGGCGACUAUAAAACUGUAUCAGAAGCCAUUGGCGCAGCUUCCGGGGGUCGGUUUGUGAUUCAUGUAAAGGCGGGAGUUUAUGAGGAGAAGAUUCGCACUAACAAAGAUGGUAUUACGUUGAUAGGAGAGGGAAAAGAUUCCACUAUUAUUACUGGGGAUUUUAGCGUUGCUAAUGGUGCCACCAUGCCUGGCUCAGCUACAUUCACCAUAACAGGAGAUGGGUUCAUUGCUAGGGAUAUAGGGUUCCAAAACACAGCAGGCCCUCAAGGAGAACAAGCCUUGGCUCUCUACAUCGCUUCUGAUCACUCAGUUCUCUACAGAUGCAGCAUUGUUGGGUACCAAGACACUCUCUAUGCACUCGCCUUCCGUCAAUUCUACAUAGAAUGUGACAUCUACGGCACCAUAGACUUCAUCUUUGGCAACGCCGCUGCCGUUUUACAGAGUUGCAACCUGGUGCUUCGCAAGAACAAGGGCUACAAUGCAAUCCUGGCAAACGGGAGGACCGACCCUGGACAAAAAACCGGAUUCUCGGUCCAAAACUGUAGGAUCGUACCCAGCUUGGACUUCUCUCUGGUUAAGCACUCCUAUAGUGUUGUUUCAUAUCUGGGGAGGCCGUGGAAGCAAUACUCUAGAAUCGUUGUCAUAGAAUCCAACAUUGAUGAUGUCAUUGCACCUAGUGGCUGGGUGGAGUGGCAUGGGGCUGGGAGCUCCAGCCUUAGGACACUGUACUUUGCAAAGUACGCGAAUGUGGGGCCGGGUUCUGGGGUGGGGAAAAGGGUCCAAUGGCCUGGAUUUCAUGUUAUAGGAGUUGACGAGGCUGUUGAAUUUACUGUUACAAAUUUUAUUGUUGGGACUUCAUGGUUGCCUUCUACUGGAGUCACUUUUGUUUCUGGCCUACGUUGA